AUGGAAGGGCCUUCAACAAGCUCAAACUUGGAGUUGAUCGAAAACGCGGUCGGGAGGGGCGAGCUUCCUAUCGUCUUACACACGCAAUGCCAACAAGACCCAGAGGAUGAACUUCCGAUACUCUUGCGCCUGCGGCAAGAAUGCGAGAGAACCGAACACGAUGAAAGUGAACUUUGGGUGGAGAACACGAGGCUUAAAGAGGAUUUAAAGAAGAUGAAGCAGCAAGAACGAAAGAUGUUGCAAGAAGAAAAGCUUAUUCAAAAUCAGUUAUCGUUCAGCGAACAGGAAAGAUACAGCUUAGAACUUGAAGUGGCUAAGGCUACUGAUGAGUGCUGUACCAAAGCGAAGCUGUUGGAUGAGACCUCAGAAGAGCUACGUUUGGUAAAGCUCGAAUUAGACUCGAUGGUCUUGGCGGCCCAGAAUGAGAAGCAGAUCCAGGUGAAGCUCCCAUCCGCUAACGAGGGUACAGCGAUGUCAAGUAGCUCUCAGGACCUUCAGCUCGAAAACCUCGCGCUCCGUACGCUCGUUGAAGCACAAGAAACCAUGAUCGCGGGCUUGACGGGAACGAUUCGCGGGCUUUCUUCGUUGGACAAACCCCUUGGCGGCCACAAACUCUCUAAUAAACGUAACCUGAUGCUUUCCGAAGAGCUGGUUGAUCGAGACAACCAUUCCCUCCCUGCAGGGGCUCAAGAAACUAAGAUCAACCCACGAAGUGCGAAACAUGCUUCCCAAGAGCUGGAAAUGAUACUGAGGGACAUGGAGUUUUGCGAGAGAUGA